GGAAGAGAGCGAGAGAUAGAGAGAGGGAGGGAGAGAGAAACACGAGUCUCCUUCAAAAAAAUAAAUUUGUUUCUUCUGAAAGCUUCCCCCUUGUUCGCAUUGAAACCAUUCUCUUGUCUCUCAUCGUGCUUCUCAUAUCUGAGUCUUGUUUUUAGCAAUUCUUUUAAUGACUAACAAUAACGACGCUCUUUCUAUCGCUCUCCAUAUUUCCAUCUAGUUCUCUCCAACUUUCCCCCUUUUUCUUUCCUCCGCCCCAUUCUUAGAGUCUCCCAGGAGAAAGGGGAGCUGGAUUCAACUUCACCCUGCAAUCUGCAUUGGAGAAAAGCCUGUUUCUUCUGUUCAAACUAAGUCUCAACCGUGGCGUCCUAGGCAGACAGUUGCUAUUCAAUCCAGAGGAGAAAAGUUCCUUAAGUGCUGACUUGAAAUUGGAUGUGAGAGGAUCCUUCAUUUGAAUCCAUGAUAAGGUCCUGCAAUGGGGUCUCUGAACAUGGAGAAGAAGUGGGUUUUCCCUCUAGUCAUAAGCUCUCUCAUCUGUGUCUUCCUCUUAGCAACUUCAUUCAACAUGGGUCUUAUAUCUUCACUCCACACCAUCAAUCACAUCUUCAACAUUUUCCCGUCUCGUGUAAACCAAACAGCAGGCCAAGGUUUUGCUGAAACAAAGGUUUCACAAUCUCCUCCUCCACCUCCCCCUGGUCCUAAAAUUCCUAGGUUUGCUUACUUGGUGUCUGGAUCCAAAGGCGACCUGGAUAAGCUUUGGAGAACUCUUCAUGCCCUUUACCAUCCGAGAAACCACUACGUCGUACACUUGGAUCUUGAAUCCCCGGCAGAAGAAAGGUUAGAGCUUGCUGCAAGAGUGGAGAAGCAUCCGAUUUUCGCCAAGUAUGGGAAUGUCUACAUGAACUCCAAAGCAAAUAUGGUGACCUAUAGAGGACCCACCAUGGUCUCAAAUACACUUCAUGCUUGUGCAAUUCUUCUGAAGAGGAGUAAAGAGUGGGAUUGGUUCAUCAACCUCAGUGCUUCUGAUUAUCCUCUUGUAACUCAAGAUGCUCAUACUCUGUACGAGUGUUUACUCAUCUGCUUAUGUGGUGCAGAUCUUUUGGACACGUUCUCAACUUUGAACCGAAAUCUUAACUUCAUUGAGCAUACUAGUCAGUUGGGUUGGAAAGAGGAAAAGAGAGCAAUGCCAUUAAUCGUGGAUCCUGGACUCUACUCCACCACCAAGGAAGACAUAUUCGGGGCUAACCCCAAGCGACCUCUGCCAACAGCAUUCAAGUUGUUUACUGGUUCUGCAUGGAUGGUUCUCACACGUUCUUUUGUCGAGUACUUAAUCUGGGGAUGGGAUAACCUACCGAGAACGUUGCUCAUGUAUUAUGCAAACUUUGUGUCCUCUCCUGAAGGCUACUUCCACACUGUAAUAUGCAAUGCUCCGGAGUAUGCUCGAACGGCUAUCAAUCACGACCUGCACUACAUUGCUUGGGAUACGCCUCCAAAGCAGCAUCCACAUAUACUUACCCUCAACGACACCGAAAACAUGAUUGCGAGUGGUGCUGCCUUUGCCAGGAAGUUUCAGCACAAUGACCCUGCCCUAGAUAAGAUUGACAACGAUUUACUUGGCAGGAAGGUUGGGGCGUUCACUCCUGGAGGGUGGUGCUCCAAUAGCCCCGAUUGCACUGAAGUUGGGGACAUGAACAAAGUUCAGCCAGGUCCAGGCGCAGACCGGCUCAAACAUCUCAUAGCUAGGGUAGCUUUAAUGGCCAAGCGCGGGGAAGAUCAGUGUAAAUAGAUUUUGCAAGAAGGAUUAUCGCUUGCAUGCUGAUACAAGGAAACAAUUUAAAAGGGGGGGGGGGGUUGAUUCUCAGUCUACAGACCAGAUAUAUAGCUCAUUGAGAAACUGAAUGUAAGAAAAAAGGAAUUUUUAGUUUUUGUUGUUAACUCGAUAUGAUGCUGGAGUUGCUGCUGCAGCUAUAGGGCUCAUUGUUACCAGAGUUGUAAGGUGAGCAGCUAGUUGUUGUUGUCAUUGUCAACAGAGAUAGAAUAUUUAUCUGUUUGAGCCGGCUUUAGAUACAGGAUUAUAGAAUGGAAGAAGAAUAACUUUCUUUUUUCUCUUUUUGUAGGUUCUCCAUCAUUUUAUAGAGUUGUUUUUUUUUUCUUUUCCUUCCAGAUUUUGUUCUUCUAACAGUUGCUUUUGGUGUACCCUUUUAACCUUCUUUCCCCAAUAUGUCUGAACUAUUUUCCAAUAAUUGGAUCAUGCCUUGCUUUACCUUGCAGUAGUAGUUGACUCUGUUUCUGUGGAAGCUAGCUAGCCUAGUGUGAAUGACACCAUUAUUCAACACGUUAAGGAACAGGGUGUGAAGAAAUCUCAAAGAUUUUGCUGCAAAUCGUACC